AUGCAUGGGAUCCUCUUCUUGGCUCUGGUAACACAAGAGUUGAAGCAAUUCGUCGAUGAAAAUGUCACCUUCUCCCUCGAUGACUUUCUCUACCGCGGCAGCCAUGCAGGAGGUCCACGUUUCCCCAAAGCCCUGGCUGUCCACCUCAACGAGUAUCUUCAGCCACACGACCCCAUCACACCGGACAUGAUCCAGGUCGUCGGAGCCGCUACUGCAAUGCAUGAUAUCCUCGCGUGGGGAGUUGCGGAUCCCUAUGAUGGUGUCUUGACUAGCAGGCCCGUCUACGGCCGCUUUGAACUUGAUUUCGGCAACAAGUCUCAAGUGAGGGUCGUAUACGCCUCCACAGAAGCCGAGAACUCUUUCCAGGAUGAGGUUGUCGAAAAGUUUGAGGAGGCCUUGAUCCGGUCCAGAAAGGCUGGCAUCAACGUGAAAAUGCUGUUGAUUGUUAACCCACACAACCCGCUGGGGAGAUGCUACCCUCGUUCUACCCUCAUCAAGAUCAUGCAGUUUUGCCAGAAGCAUCAACUGCAACUCCUGAGCGACGAAAUUUAUGCCUGCUCCGUCUUUGACUCGGGAGAGGCUGCCGUCCCUUUCACCUCAAUCUUGUCUAUCGACUCAUCGGGUCUUAUCGAACCAGACCUUCUUCAUGUGACGUACGGUCUUAGCAAAGACUUUGGAGCAGCUGGUCUGCGUGUCGGAGCCAUCAUCACUCGUAGCAAGCCUGUCCUUCGAGCCAUCGAGGCUGCCAUGCGUUUUCACAACCCCUCUGGAGCCAGUCUCGCUAUCGGGAGUGCCAUGCUUGAGAACAGGGAGUGGUGUCGUGCCUUUAUCAGUGGUUCAAGAACCAAGCUUGCUCAGGCGUACAAACACGUCACCAAGGGGCUUACGGACAUUGGCAUACGAUAUCUGCCUGGCAGCAAUGCGGGAUUCUUUGUCUGGAUCGAUUUGUCCCCAUAUCUUCCGUCGGAGCUGGGCGGCGAAAAGACUCGCGAGUUCGCUCUGGCUAAGAAGCUAAAAGAAGAGGGUGUGUUCCUGCACCCCUGCGAAGAACAUUCGGCUCAUCCUGGGUGGUUUCGACUAGUGUAUUCGCAAGAUGCGAGAAUAGUAACGGAAGGACUCGAGAGGAUCAAGAGAGCAAUCUCUUAG